CCCCCCGCCGGGUCCCCACCUCUGCGCCCGCCUCGCGGGCUGUCCGGCCCGACCGGGGCCCGCCCCCGGCACCCACCAUGUACGCCUUUGUGCGGUUCCUGGAGGACAACGUCUGCUACGCGCUGCCAGUGUCGUGCGUGCGCGACUUCAGCCCCCGCUCGCGGCUGGAUUUUGACAACCAGAAGGUGUAUGCUGUGUACCGGGGCCCGGAGGAGCUUGGCGCCGGGCCCGAGAGCCCCCCGCGCGCCCCCCGCGAUUGGGGCGCGCUGUUGCUCCACAAGGCCCAGAUCCUGGCGCUGGCAGAAGACAAAUCUGACCUUGAAAACAGUGUGAUGCAGAAGAAAAUAAAAAUCCCCAAACUUUCUCUCAAUCACGAAGAAGAAGAUGGGGAAAUUAAAGAUUAUGGGGAGGAAGAUUUACAGCUUAGACACAUCAAGAGACCUGAGGGGCGGAAGCCGAGCGAAGGGGCGCAUAAGAGCAUCGAGGCAGUGGUGGCCCGGCUGGAGAAGCAGAACGGCCUGAGCUUGGGCCACAGCACAUGUCUAGAAGAGGUCUUCGUAGAGACCUCUCCGGGCACUGACGACAUGGACAGUCUGGAGGAUGCUGUUGUGCCGCGGGCUCUGUAUGAGGAGCUGUUACGCAACUACCAGCAGCAGCAGGAGGAGAUGCGCCACCUCCAGCAGGAGCUGGAGCGGACUCGGAGGCAACUGGUGCAGCAGGCCAAGAAACUCAAGGAGUACGGGGCACUCGUGUCCGAAAUGAAGGAACUCCGCGACCUCAACCGAAGGCUCCAGGAUGUGCUGCUCUUGCGGCUUGGCAGCGGUCCCGCCAUUGACUUGGAAAAAGUCAAGUCAGAAUGUCUCGAGCCCGAGCCGGAGUUACGGAGCCCUUUCAGUGAGGAAGCAAAUACGUCGUCCUAUUACCCCGCUCCUGCGCCUGUCAUGGACAAGUAUAUCCUAGACAAUGGCAAGGUCCAUCUGGGAAGCGGGAUCUGGGUUGAUGAGGAGAAAUGGCACCAGCUACAAGUAACCCAAGGAGAUUCCAAGUACACGAAGAACCUGGCAGUCAUGAUUUGGGGAACAGAUGUUCUGAAGAACAGAAGCGUCACAGGAGUUGCCACAAAAAAAAAGAAGGAUGCAGUCCCUAAGCCACCCCUCUCCCCUCACAAACUAAGCAUUGUCAGAGAGUGUUUGUAUGACAGAAUAGCACAAGAAACUGUGGAUGAAACGGAAAUUGCACAGAGACUCUCCAAAGUCAACAAGUAUAUCUGUGAAAAAAUCAUGGAUAUCAAUAAAUCCUGUAAAAAUGAAGAACGAAGGGAAGCAAAAUACAAUUUGCAAUAAACUUUGGAUUUUUCUUAAAG